AACUGUACCCUCCCAUCUGUCCGCCUUCCGCGCCUUUGUUCCCCUCUGUCUCUCCUCGGGUUUGCGAGGCGCGCUUGCGGAGGCGACGGACGGUCGGAGGAGGGACUAUGGGCGAGAAGGCGGCGGUGGGGGCGGUGGAUGACGUGGGGGACGGAAUGCAGUGCGUGGACCACCCGUACCGGAGUAACCCCGGCGGGGUAUGUGCCUUCUGCCUGCAGGAGAAGCUGGGCAGGCUGGUUUCCUCCUCCAAGACCACCCCCUUCCUGUCGCUCCAGCGCCCGCCUUCUUCCUCCUCCUCGCCUACUUCCUUCCGCUCCGAUGUCGGCGGCGGCGGCGGCGGCGGCGGCGGCGGCGGCGCUGCAGGACACGUCUCCGGUUGCUCCCGCGAUGCUGCUGCUACUGGUCGCGUAACUAAGUUCCCUUUCCUAGGCGCCGGCCACAGUAAGAUUAAAAAGAGCGGCGGCGGCGGCAGCAGCGGGAAGAAGUUGGUCGCGAGUGGAGUUACUACCCGCAGUGUUGCAUCUGUCGCGGUUUUGAAUCGAAGCAAGUCUGUGGCGCCUAGAACGACCGGAUCCUCACUUGCGCAGGUCGGUGUUGGCUGUGGACGAAGCAAUGGAGAAGCCGCUGCCGCCGCCGUUGCAGAUAGUCCUCGGAAGAAGAGCUUUUGGUCUUUUCUCUACCAUUCUUCCGUCUCAUCCACUCCCACCUCUUCUUCCGUAGCCAAUGCCAACGUCAACAGACGUAGAUCUACCUCGUUCUCUUCCGGCGGAGUGUGCGACGGAGACGCCUCCAAGCAGAUGCAGCAGCAGCCACCGUCUGCAAAUGCAUUAGAUAAAUUGGAAGGAGCGACCGCUGCCCCCGCCCAAUUAGUCGAAGGCGGCGGCGGCGGUGGGGAGAGCCCAAGCGGCAGCCAAGCGUCGUCCUCGUUUGGGCGAAAGGUGGCGCGAUCCCGAUCUGUAGGCUGCGGAAGCAGGAGCUUCUCAGGUGAUUUCCUGGAGCGCAUCUCCACCGGCUUCGGCGAUUGCACGCUCCGCCGAGUCGAGUCCCAGCGCGAGGCCAAGCCCAAGAUCGCCCUCCACAUCGACAACGACUGCGACCAGCACCGGUCAAGGAUGAAGGAGAGGGUCAAGUGCGGCGGCCUCUUUGGCGGAUUCGGAAUGACGUCGGCAUACUGGCUCUCCGCAGCUGCCGCGGCACGCGACCAAGGCUUCGACGGCAACAUCAGGAUGUCAGCCACAGCCUCGACGUCCAGAGCAGGCGUCACGCCUCACGGCCGAACCUGGAGCUGGGGCUUGGUCUUCGCGAGCCCAAUGAGAGCCUUUCGGCCACAUUCCUCUUCUCGCUCUGCGUCGGCGACCAACUUCAUCUCCUCCAUCAACGCGACCAACAAGAUGGUCAACAGCAACGGCAGCAAAGGAAGCUGCAGGCUCGACGUUAACGCAUCAUCCCUCUCCGUCCAAACCUAGUUCUCCUUCAAGCACCAGCCCUCCAUUACUCUCUCAUUUACCACAAUCCAUCAAUUUUUUUUUCUUCGCGCUUUUCAACCUUCAUCACCGCACUGUGUCUCUGUUCAUCGAAUUGCCCUCUUGUGAAUGAUUUUGCGAAAAA